CUUGUUCUUUAUGCCAUAUAGAAUAUCUUGUAUAUACACAGAUUUCUUACAUCGAAAUUCUAGAGUGAAAAUAAUUUUCUUUUUUGUUGCUAAAAAAAAUUUAAAUUUAAAUUUAAGAGUUAUUCGCCCACCAUGUCUGAUUCUCUCUCGAAUUCUGUGCCACCAAUUCGUAUACCCGAAACUGAUUCAGAAGACGAUGAGAAUAAUUGGAACUUGCAGCUACGUCAACGCUAUGGACCGCUGUUAAAUCCCUGGCUGCCAAUCUCAAUUCCGUCACAAAGUACCUCUCUGCUAUUUACAAAUGGACGCUAUCGAAAUGUCUACGAGUGUGGUCCACUAACCGAUCAUGAGAAGCAUCAAAUGAUCCUUUUAAAUGAAUGGAAAAAGCGUACACUUGACCAAAAACUGGACAUGGAUGACGAUGACGACGAUAAUGAUGAUGAUGAUCAGGACGAUCAGGUUCAGAGCGGGGCAAUUGAAAGCGAUUUGCCACAAAAUCCAAAUGCAUAGAUUUUCAAUUAUCGGGAAGGUCUUUUCAGUCGUAUAUGUCUACUUCAAAUUACUGUAACUUCAUUUACAAGUGAUAAUAAAUGUAUGCAAAUAUGAAAAACGUA